AUGACCCAUCCCCUCAACACAAGGAUCCUCCUCCUCUACCCCCCAAACAACACACCUGUGAAGGACCAUACUCAGACAGAAGCAGUGGCAGAGCCUCAAAGGAAGUCUAAACAAGCUGAAACAGGCACCAGGAGCGAGGUGGAUGCAAGUGAGGCAUCCUCAGAAUUCAAACACUCGGACAGCGUGGAGUGCUACCUGGACAGGUGUGAGCAGAAGGAGGCAGACGACCUAGCCAAAGGAGUGUGCAGUUCAGACAGCUGGGAGAGCAUGUCUUCACAAAGUGGGAUACUCUCAGGUGCAGAAGAGAAAUUAAAGGUGAAACAGAGAGCUUAUGCAAAGUUAAGGCAAAAACAACAAAACUGCAGGGAGGAGAGAGAGCACAGUGGAGAAGAAAGUCCCGGCUAUUAUGGAGACAUGUCAUGCAAAAUGGAUUAUAAAGUCACAGGCGCCCAUGGGGUUUUGGACAGCUCAGACUCAGACACCAUUCUUGCUCAGGAACUUGAACCCUACCUGAGGUCACUUCUUGUACUCACUGAUGAGCUUCCACUGAGCCCAAGACACGAGCAAGCCAAGCUUCUUCUGGAGCGAGCGCGACUCAAGGCUCGCUCCAAUCACGCUAAAGGCGACCGCAGACGCUCACAUUCUGAUCAGAGAUCCACCGUAAAGAAGCAACAAGUUGAGUCACCUAAUCCAUCACCGGUGCAGAAAGCUGUUCAAACCAAAGAGGAUCAAGCCGCUCAAACAGUAUCAGGUCCCCUCCUCAUCCCUGAUCAAAGAGACAUGUCCCCCGGUGACCAAGGUGGUCGAUCCAGACGGUAUGGUUGUUCACCAACACGCGUGCGCUUCGAGGAUGAAUCAGAGAAAGAAGCAGAGUCUCGGUACUUGGAUAGAGUGAGACAGCGUAACAGGCCUGGGGCGUCCAAGUCCAAGAGCAAAGACAGCAAUACGGAUUCUAGCAGCAGUGGUUCAGAGAGGAGCAGAGGCCAUCGCAGUGUCUCCAUGCCUCCUCAGCAGAAGAAAGAAGUUGUGGAUGUCAGUGGUGAACCCACAACAGUAAUUAAAGAGAUAAUAGUGCUGGUGAAGAAAUGUGAGGCAUGUGGCUCUGUAGUGAGGGAGCCUCAGUCAGCCUCAUCACCAUCAGAGUUAAAGAAUGCUGAGCCACAGCAGCCAGAGGAUCCACGGGAAAAAGCAGCUCCUCGCUGUGUGUCUCAGAACAAACCAGAAGCAAGUACUCGUCCGAAAGCACCUCUAACUGUCACUUUUGCCGGAGCUUAUGUGUUGGGGGAAAAUAAAGAGAGCAGCUCAGGGUGGAAACCAUCAGGGUUUGGUAAACUUAGGAGAAGGAGCAGGAAAGGAGAGAGUCGGCUGGAGUCCGGCCAUGGCCCUUACGGCCCUUCCUGGGCUCAGCGUCGCAACUCAAAUCCCAGGAACAGGGUCAACCUGAGCAGAGCUGUUUCUUUCGCCCCAGAUAGCCCCGUCGCUCUUGAGCCCCAUUUGCUGGAGGCAUCUGAUGGAUUAAGGGAAUCACCUCCCCCAUCGCUGCCUAUAAAGUCAGCCCUGAAGUCCAGUUCAAGAAAUCGCUCUGCUGCAGGUCAGUCCACGGUUCAGUUCCAGGUUACCUCAAAUCAGGGAGGUGAGGGAGGAUCCCAGCAUUCUGUUCUCCUGGACUCUCCGGAGGCAAGAAGGGAGUGUGUAGUGGCUUUAACCCAAGGGGCCACUGCAACAACCAACCCAGUGCCCUGUAUCAGGCCCUCCACCCUGAGGUACUCCCCAGUUCGGAUCACUACCGACCUUCCAGCUGCUGAACUCUGGGACUCCACUCCAGAUGGAGCUGGUCUGAGCGACCCCGGUUCUGGUCCUGAGUGUCGUCCUGCUCUGCGCGGCCUGGCUAUGUCUCGGGCUGAGGACCUCAGAGCGGAGCUGUUGAGAGCAGAACAUCUGAAAGCUGAGGCCAUAUGGGAGGAAACCUCUGACGGGUCCAGAAAGCUCGAUGGCAGGCCGAAGCUUUUCCUACGCCGCUUCUUUUCCUCCAUUGGUCUGAACAGCGUUGGCAGGCUGGUGAAAGGAGGUCGAUCCAGCAGCAUGGAACAGCUCAGUUUACCCACUCCCCCCCGGGCCAGCUCCACUUCCCCGAGCCCUACCCGCAGACCACAGCCCACCAUCCGCAUGCAGAGGACACCCUCCCUACAAACCCUGCACACGGUGCUGCCACUGGCCCAACUGCGCAAAGCCUCCUCUGUGCAGAGUUUAGAGAGGAGAACAGAACGUUCAACAAUCCUGGGAGAGGUGCAGAUACCGUACGGCCUAGCACCCAGCCCAGACAGCCCUCAGAUCGAGCUGCACAGAGCCCUGAGUGUUGAAGAUGUACUUGCCUCCAGAAUCGCACGUCCAGUGGGCCGAGUCACCCAGGCUUUCCCUGAUGGGACCCUACUCCUGGAGCUCGUCAGACCCCCAAAUGGUCCCUUUGGUUUCGUCAUAUCUAGGGGCAAAGGUCGACCAGACACAGGUGUGUAUGUAGAGAAGGUAGGUGACGGUGGUGGCGAGGGCCCCUACACGGGUCUCCUCAGCAUCGGUGAUGAAAUUCUGCAGGUGAAUGGCGAGGCUGUGGCUGGACUCAGUCUGGACCACGUCACUCGGCUCAUGACCCGGGAAAGCACCGCUUCUCUUCGGAUCAUGCCGUCCCGACGCAACCCGCGCUGACUGGGAAGAUCGGCAUGGCACAGAGCCAUUCCUCCUGCAGCCAUGGAUUAUACUUCACCACUGCAAACACAACUGGUGGACUGUAACUCAUGGUUGAUAGUCAGUUCAGUGCAGUUUUACGUAUCAAAAUGGUUGCAUGAAAUAACAGUGUUAGAGAGUGUUCAUUUUCUAUUUGUGCAAAAUAUUGCUCAACAAUAUGACACUGGGGUACAAGGGGACCUGGAUUACAACGACAAAUCCAUAAAAUAACCAAAUGACCAAACUAAAACCAAAUAAAUCCAGUAGUAGAGAUUACUAUGUAAGAUAGAAGCUUUCAGAGUAUAUAUUGUGAUACUAAUAAAUAAGUUAUGACUAUAAUUAUGAUUCAAAUCCAGCACUGCUUGUUUUUUUAUGGUCAGAUGUAGUUAUAUAGAGAUAAUUUAAAUCAUAAAGUGUGUGAAUUUUAACCUCGUCUUAUAAUGUUUACAAACUCUUUUCAAAAUAUAAAAAAAUGGGUGACUACAUUUAAUUUCAAUAUUAAAUAUUUAUUAAAUAUUAUAUGACAAUCAAAGAAAAAAGCGUCUCAAUUUUUCUCAUGUUCAAAUUGUGUUUAUUUUUAUUUUACCACCCUAAAUGCGUAGUGAGUGGAACCAUAUUUUGUCACAUUUAAAUUUUUCCCAUUAAUCUCAUUGAUUAUUUCAGAUGAUUGACUUGUGGGCCACAAAUGUAUUGUUAGCCCAUGAGAACCUCGAACUAAAGAGCUAUUUUUUUUAGAAAGAAGAAAAAAGUGCCCUCCACUGGAUUGCAACUGCAAAUUAUGUCUAAACAAAAAAGCAAUUAAUUAUCCUCCUCUCUCUUCAUUGGAUCAUAUUUCCCUGGGGCUCUGCAGGAUCCCUUCAUUUCACUCGUGCUGUAUCACCUACUGCUUCAGGAAAUUGAUACUUGUUUGCUUUUAAAUAAAAAUGUUUUAUUUUGUCAAACUUUUGUAACAG